GCGCCCGAGGACGUGUCUUCUUUCCAGAAAAGCUCUUAGGGUUGCAGGCAACAGGGCAGGAGGUGAGUUCUCGUCUUUCAAAAAGGGUUGGGCGACUCGCAAAGAUAGGAAAGAGUGUCGUUGGUAACGGGCGCUCUUUCGACAUGAAUUCCCGCACCGGCAUCAGUGUCAUCUUUUGGUAUUCAUGCACCGUCAUCUCAACAAUAUACUCUAAACGGUAUCUAGCAGCCUCUGGUGAUCCAUAUUCACUUUCCCUGCUAUCAGUGGGCAUUGGAGCCCUUGGCUCCUUGCUCUAUCGACCACGCAAAGAUGUAUCUAUCGACAGGGGAAAGCUUUACCCACUUGCAAUGCUCCACUUGGCAACUACCCUUCUGACCAACAUUAGUUUGGGGAAGGCGUCAGUUGCCUUCACCUACAUGGUGAAGGCUGCAGAGCCAAUCUUUGCUGCCGUCCUGUGUCGUCUCGUCCUAAAUGACAGGUGGCCUUUUCACAUAUACCUCUCUCUACUGCCCAUAUUUUUUGGAGUUAGCCUCACAGCUGGGGCAGAAAUGAACUUCUCUUUAAUCGGUCUGUUUUCAGCACUGGCCUCGAACCUUGCUUCCAGCUCGCGUAACGUAUUCUUCAAAUCGACUCUAAAGGAGCUGUCUGUGAACUGGAUCUCUGCCUAUUUUGAAGUCUGUCGUGGCGCAUUUACAUUACUGGCUCCAUUAUACGGCCUCGGGGUGGUUGCAGGAAAGUGGAGCAAAAAUGUGGAGGUGAAGACUCUUGAUUCGACGAUCACAAACGACGCAUCGACAUACCUUGUCCUUGGAGCUUCGCUACACUUCGCAUACAACCUAUUUAGCUUUGCGGUCCUUGAUAAGCUGUCCCCGGUGACCCACGCCGUUACAAAUGUGAUGAAGCGUGUCAUGACCAUUAUAUCUUCGCUUUUAUAUUUCGGUACCCCCUUCAACCUAGCCCAAUUCUUUGGCUUUAUCCUUGCAAAUACUGGGGUCGGAUGGUAUUCCUAUGCAAAAAUGAAGUUUAAGGAAACCCCGAACGGCUGGGAAGGCGUCUCUGCGUCCCGGUUAGAAUGGAGAAAAUCUGCAUGCAUUAAGGCCGUUGGGGUGAUAGUGCUGAUGACGAUAGCAACAGACUUCUUGGGGGUCUUCCAUAGUGUUUAUGCACAUCGGAGUAGAGGUGUACGGGAGCUCAACCGCCGGGAAUGUUUGCGCAAGAUCAAGAGUCAGACGCUCAAUGCUAUGGGACCCCUUCUACCGGAGGACGCCAGAUAUGUCAUCAUAGACUUGGCCACACACACCAAUCUUGGGGAUAAUUUCCUCUCGCUCGGUGAACAGAAGCUGAUUCAUGGUUUGGACCGAAAGCUGGUGGGCGUGUGUACUCUCAGCACCAAAAGAAGCUGCUCCUUUGAUCGAGUGGGAGAAUAUGCAAGAGACAACGUCACACUGCUUAUACACGCAGGCGGGAACUUUGGCACUCUAUGGGGCUACAUACAUGCAUACCGCAUGAAAGUUUUUUCGAACUUCAGGACUGCACGAAUGCUAUCUCUGCCGCAAUCUGUUUAUUAUGAUAAAGAACCGAAGAACGAUGCGAAAAUAAUGGCAGAUUGUCCGAACUUGACGCUGACCUGGAGAUCAAGAGAUUCUCUCCAAUAUGCUCAGGAGAACUUUCCACAAACGCCCUCAUUUUUCGUUCCUGACAUGGCGUUUAUGAUAGGUGAUGUAAUACCCGACGCGGAGCCAGUCGUAGAUAUCGUCUUCCUAGUCCGAAGCGAUCGGGAGAGUGUGCAUAAAUCCGCUAGCUGGAAGGAGGCGCAGCGCCUGCUUUCGGAGCAUGGUAUCAGCUACGAACACGUUGACUGGAAGCUCACAAAAGACCAGGAAACCUUCCCGGGAUUUGACGUUGGUGACCUGCUACUUAAGCGUUUACACAUUGCCAACCGCCUGCUCUCGCGGGGAAAACUAAUCGUUGCGGACCGACUACAUGCAAUUAUACUGUCAACACUGAUGGGGAAGCCGCAUAUCUAUUUGGAUAAUAGUUACAAGAAAAUAACGCAAGUGCGGAAAGCUGCUUUUGCUGAUAAGCCCGAGUGCAGCGAUGAAAACCUACAGGCAGAAUAUGCAGACAAUCCACUGGUGGCUGCUGAAAUGGCAAUUAAAAGAUUACACAAACUUUAGUUUAUAAUUGUAUUUAUUUCUGCUUCACUGUUGGCAUCUCCAGACUUGUAAUCUAACUUGUAAAUAAUAUACACUACUACAAAGAAAGCUAGUGAUGCAUUUGUAGUGAUGAAGAUGUCUACAUGCAUUGCAAGCUAGUCAG